CGCUCAACUAGGAAUAUGAUGAUGUCUCACCUAAAUGUUGUUGAAGUAAAAGCGAACGACAGUGGACGUGAUUGUAUUUGAUAUUGAACUGGAUUGAAGCAACGGAGAAAUAAACACGUUUUGAGUGAGUGGCGCGCGCUCGCGUCUCUUUUGCCACGUACACUUUAACGUCAGUGUCGAUGGACAGUCAACAGACUCGAGACACAGAGCACGUCAGAGCUUCGAGUCAGACCUCUCCAAUAAAGGGCCAUAGUGACUGGCUGCUGGACAGCGCUCUGGGAAGAUGGCUGACUUCAAGACAAUUUGUCUUCUCCAACCUUACUUUGCUCAAAGUGCUGCUGUGGCUGGUGCUGCUCGGUCUGUUUGUUGAAAUAGAGUUUGGCCUGCCAUUCUUCGUCAUUUCCCUCUUCUACUGGCUCUAUCAGGGAUUCCGUAGCCCGGCUGCCCGUGAGCCUGGAGAACUGAGUGCUUAUUCUGUCUUCAAUCCAGACUGUCAGCCUCUGCUGGGCAGUGUCACUGCAGAGCAGCUGGAGAGAGAGAUGGGUUACAUUUCCAUUUUAAUGUAAUACAAGACACUUUAGCUUAGCUAAGGUUACAGGAAGCUAAGACUGAACUGAUCUGCUUAUCAAUAAAUUGUAGAGCUCUGGGAUCACAGCACAAAUGAAGAAAAAAAUUGCUUGUUUCAGCUCUGUGAAAAGUAGUUUGAAAAUAAAAACCUUUUACGACA